AUGUCUAUAUUUAUAAGUAGUCACAUUCUGCUCGAGAAAUUACGAAAGUAUAAGCCAAAAAUUGCAGUAUUCAACGGCAAACUCAUAUACGAAGUAUUCUCGGGAAAGAAGGAAUUUGGGUUUGGCAGACAACCGAACCUCGUCGAGGGUACCAAUACGUACAUGUGGGUUAUGCCCUCAAGCAGCGCGAGGUGUGCUCAACUACCACGUGCUGCUGACAAGGUGCCAUAUUACGCUGCUCUGAAGAAGUUCCGCGACUACCUGAACGGUACCAUCACGCACUUGGACGAAUCAGACAUCGUAUUCGCCGAUUCAAAGCUCAAGAAGAAGGAACACGAAGCGAUCGAGGAUAAGAAGUCAGUGUUUACCGACGAUUUGCCCGACGGUGAGAGCCGAAUCACGGAGAUCAACGGCAUGGGAAUUAAGCAGGAGACGGGCGUGAUACCUGGCAAGAAGAAACGCGGAAGACCGAAAAAGAUAAAAAAUCCAGAGGAUCAGCCACCGCCGGAUCCUGAGAAGCUGGACGCGAACGGCGAGGUCAUUAAAAAACGUCGCGGUCGUCCGAAAAAGAUCCAUCAACAGCAAAAGCAAAUGGAGCGGGAGAAUCGUGAGAGAGAGCAACAACAGCAACAGCAUCAAGUGAUGGGUCACUUGAACGACGGAUACAGUAACGUGUCGAACUGCUUUUCGCCACCACUGAUGUCACCUCCAAAGUUCCAGCAUAUGGCGCCGUACGCACCGACGAUGAAUGACGGCUUCUUCGGCCAGGGGAUGAACGACAAUAGCCCGUACAAUAUGAGCGCGAAGCAAAGCCCUGUGCAUUUGCAGCAACAUUACAGCCAGAGCCCCAAGUCCAUGUCGCUGUCGUUCACGCACUCGGACUUAUCGUCGGAAAUCAAUACUGCAAUCUCGUCGGAGAACAAUCUCGAGUCGUCGCCUUUGAUGUCGCCUAGCGUCGAGCAUCCGGAUUUUGAACCGCCCACCAGCAUGUCGCAGCAAAACAUGGGCAACGAUCAUCGUCAGUAUAAUCCGGCUGGAGGGCCCGAUCCGACGGGUCACCAUGGCAGUCCUGGCACGCCGUCCCAUAACAGCUACGCCAACUACAUAGGUUACCACGAGCAGCCACCAGACGCUCAUAAUCCGCACCCGCAUCAGACGACAUCGACGCCUCUCAGCCAGACCGCCGAGGACCACUCCCAUCAUUCGCAUCCAACGCCGCCGCAUCCACACACGCCCACCCAUACGUCCAUGUCGCCGCACCAUCCGCACGAGCAAUACGGCAUCAAGAGGAACUCUGGUCAGGACGUGGCGUCUAAGAGUCUGAGCGACCUAGAAUCCCUCGUGGACCAGAUCCCGAGCAUAGCCGAUGGCGGUAAUCAGCGCCUGCAACAUGCGCAUCCGGGUAUGCCGGGCGACGAUAGCUUGGCGGAGAAGAUGGACGCCCACCAUCAGUCCUACAUGUCCGGUUUCGGCGGCAUGCCGGCUGGACCAGCUGGAAUGGCCAAUUACAGUCCACCGUUGCCGCCGGGUAGCGGAAUCUAUCCCUCCUCGCUACACCACUCUCCCACCGACGCUGGUUACGGAGGUUUAUACGGUAUGAACAGUCGUCAUCAUCAAGACUCUCAGCAGCAGCAGCAGCAGCAGCAGCAGCAACCACAACAUCAACAGCAGCAGCAGCAACAACAACAACAGCAACAGCACAGCAAGUCCUACACGGUGGAAAACCUCGCGUCCAGUAACUACACCCCUAGCAUGAAUCACGGACACCCCAGCAACUCUUACCCCAACAUCAUAACCGGGCACUAUCCGGUGCCGAUGGGCUCGACCAAUGGGUAUCUGUUCGGAGGCCUCGAGACAAGCUUGAUGCAGCGUACGUACGGAAUUGGUGGGAUGAGCGGCAUGAGUAGCAUGCAUCCAUCCGCCGCCCUCGGUCACCCGAUGGCGGGUAAUCCGUACCCGUACAACGGCUCGUACUCAAGCUCGUUCGAUGCUUAUCCAGCGCCACCGACGGGCAUACACGCGCCCAGCGCCAACGGCGUCCAGCAGCACCACCACGCCGCCGUCCUACCUCGCACCGUCGCACCACAGACCGCCGGUUGA